AUGAACUCGAUUAUCUUUAACUCUUCAUUCCUAUUAAUUUUUAUUAUUCUUCUUUACCCAUUAUUUUUAUCUAUCACCUCACCCCAAGAAUCCGUUAGCCCCAACUGAGCAUCUACUCAUGUUAAAACAGCCGUUAAGCUCUCAUUCUUUAUCAGUUUAAUUCCACUUUUCUUAUUCCUUGACCAAGGGGUAGAAUCUAUCACAACCAAUUGAAACUGAAUUAACCUAGGACCUAUAAACAUCACCAUAAGCUUUAAAUUUGACCUCUACUCCAUCAUCUUCACACCAGUAGCCCUUUACGUCACAUGAUCCAUCCUAGAAUUUGCACUCUGAUAUAUGCACACAGACCCAAACUUUAACCGCUUCUUUAAAUAUCUCCUCCUCUUUCUUAUGACAAUAGUCAUCCUCAUUACCGCUAACAACCUGUUCCAACUAUUUAUUGGGUGGGAGGGAGUUGGUAUUAUAUCAUUCCUCCUCAUUGGCUGAUGAUAUAGCCGAGCAGACGCUAAUACCGCAGCUCUCCAAGCAGUCAUUUAUAACCGCAUUGGAGAUAUUGGAUUAAUUUUAAGCAUGGCUUGACUAGCUAUAAACCUUAACUCAUGAGAAACUCAACAAAUAUUUAUUUUAUCUAAAAACACGGAUCUAACUUUGCCUCUACUAGGCCUAGUACUAGCUGCUGCCGGGAAAUCAGCACAAUUCGGCCUCCACCCAUGGCUGCCAUCAGCCAUGGAGGGGCCUACGCCAGUCUCCGCCCUACUUCACUCUAGUACAAUAGUCGUAGCCGGUGUAUUUCUUCUAAUCCGGCUUCAUCCCUUAAUUCAAGAUAAUCAACUAAUCUUAUCAGCUUGCCUAUGCUUAGGUGCAUUAACGACUCUAUUCACAGCUACCUGUGCCCUCACCCAAAACGAUAUCAAAAAGAUCGUAGCCUUCUCCACAUCUAGUCAAUUAGGCCUCAUAAUAGUGACAAUUGGCCUAAAUCAACCUCAAUUAGCUUUCCUCCAUAUCUGUACACACGCCUUCUUCAAAGCUAUACUCUUCCUUUGCUCCGGCUCCAUCAUCCACAGCCUAGACAACGAACAGGACAUCCGAAAAAUGGGAGGACUCCAUAAACUUCUACCAUUUACUGCCUCAUCCCUUACAGUGGGUAGCUUAGCCCUAACAGGAAUGCCCUUCUUAUCCGGUUUCUUCUCAAAAGAUGCCAUCAUCGAAGCCAUAAACACCUCUAACCUAAACGCCUGAGCCCUAACCAUAACUUUAUUAGCCACUUCCUUCACUGCUAUUUACAGCCUUCGACUUAUCUUUUUCACAUUAAUAAAUUCACCACGAUUUACCCCAUUGGCACCUAUUAAUGAAAACAACCCCUUAGUAUUAAAACCCAUUAAACGCCUGGCUUACGGAAGUAUUUUAGCCGGUCUUAUUAUUACCUUUAAUAUAACACCAACCAAAACACAAAUCUUAACAAUACCACUCACCCUUAAACUCUCUGCCCUUUUAGUAACAAUUAUUGGACUACUCUUAGCCCUAGAACUCACCAACCUCACCAAACACCAAUUUAAAACUCACCCAACUAUACUAGCCCAUAAUUUCUCUAACAUACUAGGCUAUUUCCCACCAAUUUUUCACCGCCUUUACCCACAAAUUAAUCUUCAUUGAGCUCAAACUAUCUCCACCCACCUGAUUGACCUAACAUGAAAUGAAAAAAUAGGACCAAAAAACAAACUCGUCCAACAAACAUCCAUAAUUAAAUUAUUUACGCUACCCCAACAAGGCUUCAUUAAAAUUUACCUUAUAAUCUUUUUCCUCACUCUCACCCUGGCCACACUAAUUAUAAUCUAA